CACUUCUUGCAGAGGAAGGAGAAAAUAUAUACUUUACCUUCACGGAUGGAUGAACACUAUAUUGAUCGUUACUUUAUAAAUGUUACCCUAUCCAAAGCCCUUUAUCACCCACUGGGAAUCCUGUACUUAUGGGUAUAGGUUUUAUUAAAAUAUGGGGGUGGGGGACAUUGCUUUUCCAUUUUGCAACUACUCAAGCUUUUUUAUUGUUUUAGAUGUCAUAUAUUUAGGCAUUUAUAUUGGUCCUAACAGUAUACUUGAAAAAGUGAGAUUAUAAAAGAGGGUGGUGCCUACUUUCCAUAGGGUAUACUAUAUUCAAGAUAGUACAAAAAAAUACAGUAAGAUUGUUUGCAUAUCUACUGGGAAGUAAAUCUCAAUGGAGCUUCCAAGUAAAUGUUUCUACUUCUUAGAAUACAGCCUUAAUUAAAUAAGUAUUGAUGGAAAUUAUUGUUGUGAAUAACAAUGGUGACCCAACCCAAAGUAAGUCAAACAAUUUCUUAUAAAAUGGCAAAACCUAUGACACUGACUGUGAGUCAUUAUUUAUCUGUAAAAUUUCCAUCUCAUAUCUCUUGGACUCAAGAUGGUAACUGUUUUUGAAAGCACUAGUUUAAAGGAAUGUACUUGGGGCUGCAUUAUUUGAUAAAAGACCUCUCCUAGCUGCAAUUUACCUGGACGCUACUCUCAAUGUCUGGAGCCUUCCCUUGGGUGCCAACUCUGAAGAAAGCACAGAAGGCAGCAGCAAAGGAGAAAACAUUCUUAGUGGUAACCUCUCAUAAGUGGAAUGAUCUCCCUGUUGAAGCUUGCCUGCCACCAACAUUGCCACUUUUUUGGCAGAUAGGAUUGCCCUGUAUGCUGCGGCUUAAGGGAGUACCCACCUCAGGUGUUUUACUCGUCCAUUCUCUAUUAUGAAUUGUUUUUAAUUGGUUUUAAAUGUUUGUGUUUUGUUAUUUAUGUUAUUUUAUUUAAUACUUAUGAGCCAGUUGUAAAUCUGCCAGACAGCUUUGCUUAUUGCAGGGUAUGGAUAUAACACCACCACCAUCAACAACAAUUUUAAAACAAUAUUUUAUUACUAGCUUGCCCUGUUAUGUUUAUGGAAUUAGCUGAAUUACAUAAAAGGAGAUUAAUCUUUAACAAGGGUUCCAUCAGAAUAUAUUGAUGUAUAAUAUAUAUGCAUUGUUUCAUUUCUUGAAGCUUUGAAAAAAUAUAUUCUUGUCCACUUUCAGCAGAGGAAUGUGAUGAUCCAGUAGUCGAACAUGGAAUAAAAUUAAGUGGAUCUGAACCUCCAUAUACCUUUGGUAGCAAUAUUACAUUCGAAUGCAAAAUUGGAUACUUUAUGAUUGGAAGUUAUUUAAUUAAAUGCACGAGAAACAGUUCUUGGUAUCCUGAGGUACCAUCUUGUAAAAAAAUUACUUCAGAAUUAUGUGGUGCCCCAUUAAUUCCCAGUGGGAAAGUAGAGCCACUUCAGCCUCAAUAUGAGAUUGGACAUGUCAUUGAUGUACACUGUGAUGCAAACUAUUGUUUUCCUGAUGAGACCAUAGAGAUGAGUGUACAAUGCCAAGGCUACAAUUUAUGGAACCCUCCGGUACAGCCUUGUUUCUUUAGAACUUCACACGAUACUUCUGAGCUGUUUAUCCACAAUGGAAAAAUUAUUCGUGGGAAGAAAAACAUCUAUAAACCUGGAGAUAAAGUUACUGUUGAGUGUAAUGCUGGCUUUGCAUUAAGUGGGCCAGCUGAGAUUCGAUACAUUGGUGGGAAGAAAUGGUUGCCUGCAAUUCCAACUUGUUCUCUGAAUGCCUUCUUCAUACUGCUUAUAACUGCAUUUGUAUUAAUUGUGUUGCUGCUGGCAAUUAAAAUGAUUUACCAGAAAUACCGUUCCCUGUAAGGGUAAGUCUUUCUUAUUACCAAACUCUUAUUCACAUUUGUUUUACAUUUCUAAAAAAAACAGUUUAUACAUUACCUACACAGGGCUUAUCUAAAAGUUGAGAAAAGAAUGCAUAUUGUAUCAUCAUCUGAAUAGUUGGAGCAAUUCAUUUUGCUGUGAGGACACACAUAGUUGAUAUGAGCUGUGGCUGCUCAUCAGUGAGUCUCUGCUAAAGGAAAAUUAACACUCCAUUUCAAAUUAAGUAAUUAUAAUCCUUUCAAGAGAGAGAAAAGUAGAUCUAUGAUAUUAAGCAACAUGUGUAUAGCAAUCCAUGUGUGCAUGGUAACUUUUCACCUUUUACCUAUUGACAACCAGCUCCUAUAACCCUACAUAAUGUGCAAGGGGCCAUCGUUGGCAGAAAAAGUUACCCCUUCCCUGAUGUUAACAUGGAAGCACUUUAUUUUCAUUACAGAACCAUUUUGGAUCCCCACUUUGCAGCCUGGAGCUUGCAUCAUUCUAAUCAGAUUUGUUUGUUUGUUUGUUUGUAUUGCGAUUUAUAUCCUGCCUUUUUCCUACAAAGGGCUCAAGGCAGCUUACAUCAUCUCUCCUCCUCCAUCUUAUCCCCACA